UAUUGUAUUUUGUACUAUGAUUGUAGAAUCAUAGACCAUUUGAUGUUGCAGGUAAUGAGUACUGACUUGAAGUAGGUAUAGAGAUUUAGUUCAGAUGAGUACAGCAUUUUAGCUCAGGCAUACAAUAGUUUUGCAUGAUGUGGGUGGGCAUUGGCGCUAAGGUCUUGACAGUAAGAUUUAUUUGUAUAACCAUAUUAACUACAUUUUUCAGGGACUGAGUAAAGCCGAUGAAGUGUUAUAUGCUCCUGAAGUUUUUACUAUUUCCUUAGAUCCCAAAUUUUCAACAUUAUCUAUAUUGAAAGUACCAAAUACUUUAGCAAUCUAUGAUGGAGCUGCCACCUGCACUCAAUUCUGUGCUCAAUGUUUGCUACACAUGACUCUUGAACUGCUAAUCGUAACAGUGUACUACAUACAAACUUGUUCUUUCUCUAACACCCACAAAUGUCUUCACAGAAUGGCACUGAAAAUCAAGUUGCUUUCAAUCGCUACCGGGACGUUUUACUAUUAAACAAUUUUGGAUCGCAAAUAAGCUUAGUUUUACUUGGAACCUGCAAAUUUUAAUGAGUAUCAUGAUGAAUAAAAUGAAGGCGAGCAGUGUUGUGAUGCACAAUGUCUCCGAUGAUGCAGUCAACAGCAGCUGGCACGCUGAGCUGAGCACCCAAAUGUCUUUGGAAUCUUGCAAAGUGGAGCCUAAUGCUACAGAGGCCAGGUGCUCAUCUCCCCAGGAAACGGUGGCAGUUUACAUCAAGGAGGAGCCUCAAGAUGGAGGAGAGGACAUAGCUGUGAAGGAGGAACCAAUUGACAGUAGUGAAAAAGAGGCAGGUUGUUUGAUUGCCCCACUCCAAGCCCUUACCAAGCCAGCGUCCCUGGGACGUUUAUACAUGCCUCAGCAGGCGUCAGCGAUGGAGCUUCCUCUUGCGUCUCCCGCCCGCUGCGAGUUGCGCGCUGUUAUUCGUUUCCUGGCCGCUAAGAAGAAAUCAUUUGCAUUAAUAAAAUGUCGAGCAUAA